UUGCCCGAGGCGGACACAAUCCGUCGGAUACUGGAAGAACAACGGAGAGGCAAGAAUCAUUUCCUGCCCGAACUGCCGACGGCACAUGAGGAAGUCAAAGCUGAAGCUAACGAAGUCGAGAAGGAGAAUUCCUCGAGCUCUGACAGGACAGUGACUACUGAUGAUGAGUCCUUGGCAAAGAGUGAUGACGAUAUUGAGAUGGAGGUGAACCGACGUGUUGUGAAAAGUAUUUUACGUCCAGUUGGCUUGAAGAAAGAACGUCGGUGCAUUGAAUUUGAUCCGUUGGCGUUGAUGUUGGAUGCGGCUCUCGAAGGCGAAUUGGAUCUGGUGAAGUCCAGUGCCGCCAAAUUGUCAGACGUUUCGGUGGCAAAUGAUGAAGGCAUUACAGCCCUCCACAAUGCCAUCUGUGCAGGGCACUAUGAAAUAGUGAAGUUCCUCAUCGAAGCUGAUGCAGAUGUUAAUGCACAAGAUUCCGACGGUUGGACUCCUCUGCACUGUGCAGCCAGCUGUAAUAAUUUACCCAUGGUCCGUCAAUUGGUCGAAGGUGGUGCAUGCGUACUGGCGUCGACGUUGUCGGACAUGGAAACACCAGUAGAGAAAUGCGAAGAGGAUGAAGAGGGCUACGAUGGAUGUCUGCGAUAUCUGACUUGUGCUCAUAACGCUACUGGAACAAUCAACAAUGGAACGGUUUACGCCGCGUACGACUACGAUGCACAAUAUGAGGACGAGUUGACGUUCAAAGCAGGUGAUGAGCUACGAGUGCUCAGUAAAGACGACAAAGAGAAGGUAGACAACUGGUGGACAUGUGAACGUGUUGGCCACGAAGGUGAAGUGGGAUUGGUCCCACGAACAUAUGUCGCACUCUAUCCAGCUCUCCGGUUUCGAAAGAAGUUAGUUUAUUAUUUUCUAAUUCUUUAUUUAUUUGUUCUUUAUUUUUAUCGAAAUCAAGGUUUUUUUCGUAAUUCGGUUUUUUGA